AUACCACCGCUUUCUUGCCGGAACACAUUGUGGAUAGAACGCAUUUCUGGUCGGAACCUUAAUCGAGAACACCACAGUGGCGGAUUCGGAUGCUGUCUCUAUUCAAACAUGCCGAAGUUUUACUGUGACUACUGCGACACCUACCUUACGCACGAUUCGCCAUCUGUAAGGAAGACACACUGCAGUGGGAGAAAACACAAAGAAAAUGUGAAGGACUACUACCAAAAAUGGAUGGAAGAGCAGGCCCAGAGCCUCAUUGAUAAAACCACGGCUGCUUUUCAACAAGGAAAAAUUCCCCCCACGCCAUUUGCAGGUGCCCCCCCUCCUGGUGCUCCUCCACGUCCAGGCAUGCUGCCCACGCCGCCCAUGGCCGGUCCUCCCAUGAUGCCCAUGAUGGGACCCCCGCCUCAUGGAAUGAUGCCUGGCGGACCCGGAAUGCGGCCACCGAUGGGAGCGCCCAUGCAGAUGAUGCCGGGACCACCUCACAUGAUGCGUCACCCUCGACCCAUGAUGAUGCCCGUCAGGCCGGGCAUGAUGAGACCGGACAGAUAAGACUAGUGUCAUUGAUGUCUGCAGCUAUUGUGAAGCGUUGGCGCCACACGGAGGCACUGGAGAUCGAUGACAUUUUUAUUCAGUUUCAACCAUAUGUUGUCUGUCUUGUAUUUAUUCCUACCUAAUACCAGACACUCAACUUCAAGAGAAGAGAUCUUUGUUGUACUUGUGUUCUCUUCAUUCUACAGACACACCCAUUUGAAUCUUAAGUUUGACUUUGGACACUUUUAGAUUUUUUUUUUUUUUACAUUUCUCUGCUUUGUGAAUUAAAGCAAGCAUUUAAAACCCA